GGCGCAUCCCUGAAGAGCUCUGGUCUCCGGAGGACUAACGCCUUCCCCCUCCCCUCCCGGCGCGUCUUGUCUAUCCUCUCCGUGCGUUUCUAUGGUAUGCUGGAAGGAGAGAGGGGCGCAUGCGUACUGUCUCCCUGUGCCGGCCGGCUCCACAUUGAGGAAGGGCGAGCAGCGGGACCAUUGAAAGAUGGAAGCGGCGGCUAGAGAAGAGCUAGACAUGGAAGUAAUGAAGCCUUUAAUUGGAGAACAGAAUUCGGACAGCAUCUCUGAUGAUGAGAAUGAAAAUGAAUUGUUGCCAGUUGAGAAGCAUUACCAACUUGAUAAUCAAGAGGGCAUUACGUUUGUGCAAACACUUACUCAUCUCCUCAAAGGAAACAUUGGAACUGGGCUUCUAGGGCUUCCACUUGCGAUAAAAAAUGCAGGCAUUGUGCUUGGACCAAUCAGCCUUGUGCUUAUAGGAGUUGUAUCUGUUCAUUGUAUGCACAUUUUGGUACGAUGCAGCCACCAUCUGUGUCAGAGGUUGAAAAAGACCUCAUUAGGGUAUAGUGACACAGUUAGUUACGCCAUGGAAGUAGGGCCCCUAACCUGUCUUCAGAAAAGAGUUUCCUGGGGAAGGUGUAUCGUUGACUUUUUUCUUGUGAUUACACAACUGGGAUUUUGCAGCGUUUAUGUUGUGUUCUUAGCAGAAAAUGUGAAACAAGUUCAUGAAGGAUUUUUGGAGAACAGGAUUGUACCCAUGAAUGACACUAGUACCAGUGGUCUCUCUGAGAAAAGGAGUGUUGAUUUACGAAUAUACAUGCUGUGUUUUCUGCCAUUUAUUAUCCUUCUGGUCUUCAUUCGUGACCUUAAGAACCUGUCUAUGCUUUCGUUCCUUGCCAAUAUUUCCAUGGCUGUCAGCCUGGUAAUUAUUUACCAGUACAUCGUUCGUGAUAUAUCUGAUCCUCGAAAACUUCCCCCUGUGGCUGAUUGGAAGAAAUAUCCCCUUUUUUUUGGUACUGCCAUAUUUGCUUUUGAAGGCAUCGGUGUGGUGCUCCCCCUGGAAAAUAGAAUGAAAGAAACCCAACGUUUCACACAGGCAUUGAACAUUGGCAUGGGAAUUGUUAUGACCUUGUAUAUCACUCUAGCUACUCUAGGAUACCUGCGCUUUGGGGAUGAAAUCAAAGGCAGCAUCACUUUAAACCUGCCACAAGGAGUAUGGUUGUAUCAAUCAGUGAAAAUUCUGUAUUCUUUUGGGAUUUUUGUGACCUAUUCAAUUCAGUACUACGUUCCAGCAGAGAUCAUCAUUCCAGCAAUUACCUCAAAAGUGCAGCAAAAAUGGAAGCUGUUCUGUGAAUUUAUGGUCAGGAUACUCUUGGUCUGCUCAACCUGUGCUGUAGCAGUCUUGAUCCCUCACCUCGACCUGGUGAUUUCCUUUGUUGGUGCCGUAAGCAGCAGCACUUUGGCAUUGAUCCUGCCACCUUUGGUUGAAAUCCUCACAUUUUACAAGGAAAACUUAAGUGUGUGGAUGAUACUUAAAGACAUCUUUAUAGCUGUCAUUGGAGUCGUUGGCUUUUUAACAGGGACAUAUGUGACAGUUGAAGAGAUAAUUUAUCCAGCUGCGACAGUCUUAGUUAACACUACAGAGAGCCCCUUUGAAGAUUUGAACACUACACACUUGGUGACUGGUUUCAAUUAAUGGUGAGAGAACCAAGAAUCAUUUUGUUCCUAGGUGUGGGUUCUGAUUAGGAGAAAAAGAUCAUGAUAGAGCCUGUAGUUGGAAGUAUGGGCCAUAUUCAAAUGAACUGAAACAUUAAUUUCUGAACAAUAACACACCUCUUUCCUUCUCUUCCUUAUUUGCCCAUUUUGUAAAUCCUUCAGACCAGAUCUCUGUGUUAAGACUCUCAAGCCUCCUCUGCUCUAUGUAGAGAAGGAAAGGACUGGUUUAGGUGUCGGGGGAUGGAGGGGAAGAAUAUUUAUAUAUGAAUUGCACGUGCAACCAAAUAUAAUUAAUCAGAAAAUCAAAUUGCCUGCUCAAAAGGGUGAAAUCCACCCCACACAUCCCAGCACCAACAUGAUGCCUAUGCACCACUUACAUCUCAUUAAAGCCCUGUUUUAAGGGGCUGAGGUGGGACUUAAGUAGUGUGUAGAUCUUCUGCUGGCUCUCAAUGAAGGGGUGAAUUUCUCCCCAAUGGAUAAUAGUUACUAUAUAUAUAGCUUGGAUUGUUAGUAAUGUUUCCAGGGACCUGUAGACUUACUACCUGGAAGUGUUUCCUUUCAACAACUAUAAGUGCUUCACUUUGAUUACUGGGUGUUAGUAUGUCUUAAAUCAACGUGGUUUUGAAAAAUUACUAUGACUGUUCUUGCAGUCUUUUCACAUUGGCAUCAAUGGAGUUCUGAAGACCUAAAGCCUUCAGGGUCAAAGUCUUAAUGCUUAGCACAUGUACUGCAGACCACCAGUGUCAGUCAGUUUAUGUGCCAUUAAGCACGAGGUCACUUUUUCAUGCAAUCCAAAUCAAUAACAAGCAUUUUAGUUGAAGUAUGUAAAAGAUACCAAGCUCCUUCAGGAAAAUCCUCCAUCCCUAUCCUGCAAGCUGCUCUGUAUGGGUAAACCUGUGCUCCUGGGAAGAGCCCGGUGACCUCACUGGGCUUUGUGCAGGCUCAGGGGCCUGACUAUGUGGAACAGCUUGCAGGGUUUUGACAGGGAAUGCUGCUUCCAGUCAUAGAACAAGUAAUUUUUAAAACCUGGUGGUUUAUGCCCUUUGGGCUUUGUAUGUGGUGUCACAGAAUGUCAUCAUGUAUUAGAAAAAAAUGUGCUCUUUAAUGAUGCAGAUGUAGAUCACAAGACAGCAUCCAAGUUUACAAAUGAUGAUGUAGGUAGUUUAUUUUGAUAUAUUUUUGGUAACUUCUGUCCUAAACCCUGGGCCUUAAAAAAACAAAACAAAACAAAACACCUUUGUGAAUCUAUC